AUGGUCUUCUGGAUCUUCUUACCUAUCACACUAGCAGCUGUCAAACUGGUCGGCACCUGGACAGUGUAUGGCAUAGCAUUAAGAAACAACCACGUGUGCGCCCUUAAUGACUGGGGAUAUACAAACACCUGCAGAGGCAAUGAAACAGAAAACUGCUGCUCACUCAAUAAUGUACCCACCAUAAGCACAAGCGGGAUGAAUUUUCCAGAAAAUUCUCUCUUCAGUGCGACAGUCAAUGCUGGGGCAUUUUUGUUCCUGGUGUUCUGUGUUUUCCACCACGCUCAUAUUUUGACGCGGAAUGGGUCUCAGUCCCUGCUCAGUAAAAUCGCCCUGUCGUUUGGCUGUGUAUCUUCAGCUGGUGCUUUUGUGGCCGGGAACUGCAACCCAGGUGAACUGGUGUUGCUGCAUUACCUGGGUGCAGCGGUGAGCUUCGUGUGCGUCUGUCUCUACUGCAUCCUGCUGACCUCUCUGACUAUCCGCUGUCUUCUGACCGGGAUGGAGAGCGUUCUUUACCCUGUACGGAUCGUCUCCACCAGCAUCCAAAUCACCGUCACCGUUAUCUACUGUAUCUUCUUUGUGCAGGAGGUUUACUUUUACAAACACAUAUCUGCAGUUUUUGAAUGGAUUCUGAGUGUGAACAUGGAGCUGUAUGAACUCACUUUCAUCGUGGAAUUUUAUUACUUCUCCUCUUCCAUGUUAUCAACACUGCUGGAGAAAAAAGAGGAGCAGAAACCUCUGAUUCUCUCCUGA